AUGGCUGAAGACGCUGCGGCUGCUGCUGGUCGCAUGCUCGACGACGGGGCCAUGGUCUGGGUCCCGCACGAGCAGCACGUGUGGAAAAAGGCCGUGGUCGUGCGCCGCCUGGACGACGGGGCGCGCGCCCUCGUGCGUCUCCAGGCUCAAGACGACGGCGAGUACGACGCCGACGACGGCGUGGAGAAAGUCGUGACUGUGAGCGCGAUCGCGCGCCUCGCCGGCGAAGUCGCAGACGACGCGAUGCCCAUUUGCAACGUGUUUGAAGCCGAAGGCGCCUGCGACAUGUGCACGCUCAAUCAUUUACAUGAACCGGCGGUGCUCAAGAACUUGGAACUCCGGUUUGCCAAGAAGUUGCCGUAUACGUAUACAGGCGCCAUCUGUAUUGCCGUGAACCCGUACCAGUGGCUCGAUCUGUACGGUCGCGAGCUCUAUGAACAAUACCUAGAGCGACCGCGGGAUAGUUUACCACCACACCCCUUUGCCCUGUCUGCCACGGCGUACAUGGACAUGAAAAGGACACAAGUGGAUCAGAGUAUCCUCGUGAGUGGCGAGUCGGGCGCAGGAAAGACAGAGACGGUCAAGAUCAUGAUGAACUACUUGGCCUCGAUAUCAGGCGGUGGCCAUCAUGGCACGACGGUGAUUGACCAAGUGUUGCAGUCGAAUCCACUGCUCGAGUCGUUUGGGAAUGCCAAGACCAAGCGGAAUGACAACUCGAGUCGCUUUGGCAAGUUUGCGCAGCUUCAAUUCGACACGAUGGGGUCUCUUGUCGGGUGUCUCUGUGAGACGUAUUUGCUGGAAAAGAGUCGUGUCGUGGGUCAGACGGAAGGCGAACGCAAUUACCACGUGUUUUACCAGAUCUUUCGCUUGUCUGACGAGCGGAAGAAAGAGCUCAGGCUACAUGGCGACGUCACGAGCUACAAGUACGUGGCGGAAGGGGCGAAAGCUCAAUUGACGGGCAUUGAUGAUGUACAGUGUCUUAAGGAGACGCAGGAUGCUCUAGAUACGAUUGGUAUCUCGACUGAAGAACAGAAUGCUAUUUUUGAGAUUGUGGCAGCGAUCUUGAACCUUGGUGAAGUGGAGUUUGCGCCAAACGCCAAUGACAGCGAGAAGAGCCAUGUGAGUAACGAGGACAUUGUGGACAAUAUUGGUGCGUUGCUGUGUACCAAGAGCGCAGCGCUCCACUCGACGUUGUUGGAGCGCUCGAUAACGGCUGGUUCCGAGUCGUAUACAAUUCCGCUGAAUGCUGAGCAGGCAUCGGAUUUACGUGAUGCGUUGGCAAAGGGCAUGUAUACGCAAUUGUUUGACUGGUUGGUGCAUCGUAUUAAUAAGGCUAUUUGCUCCACAAACAAUGUCAAGACGCACAUUGGUCUGCUGGAUAUCUUUGGUUUCGAAAGCUUUGACCAGAACGGUUUUGAGCAACUUUGCAUUAAUUAUGCAAAUGAAAAGCUGCAGCAGAAGUUUAAUAGCGACGUCUUCAAGGAUGUCCAACAGGAAUAUGUGGAUGAAGGGAUUCCGUUAACCCUGGUGACUUUUGAGGACAACCAACCGAUCCUAGACCUCAUUGAGGGCCGAAUGGGAAUCGUCAGUAUGCUAAACGAGGAAGUGCUUCGUCCUCAGGCCACUGACAGCACAUUUGUGAGCAAGGUUUUGGACGCUUGCAGUGAUCACCCGAGUAUUGAGAAGAACAGAAUCAAUCCAUUGGAGUUCACUAUCCAUCAUUAUGCUGGAGAUGUGACGUACAACGGUGCGGGCUUUUUAGAGAAGAACAAGGACACACUACCUACGGAUAUGGUGCAGCUGUUGUCUGGUAGCCACAACGAAGUCAUUUCAGGUAUCUUCACGCCCACACAGGCGAGCAAGCGUAGCAGCCGCGGCAAGAACGGAAAAGAAGGCCGCCAGAAGGGCUUUCUAGUGGGUAACACUAUCGCUGGUGCGUUUCGUAAGCAACUGUCAGAACUGAUGCUGACCAUUAACAAGACCUCAUCGCAGUAUGUGCGCUGCAUCAAGCCGAACGCCAACAAGAGUGCAGUGGAGUUCAACCGUGUCAUGAUUGUGGAACAGUUACGUUGCGCGGGUGUGAUUGCUGCUAUUCGCAUCAGUCGUGCGGCCUUUCCCAAUCGUUUGCCGCUUGUCGAGUUCCAGCAGCGCUUCCAGAUUAUUUGCCCGUCGGCGAUGCGCGAUGCGGAACCUUGUGACAUGGUAGCUGGUCUGCUGAAGGAGUUGGUGCCCGACAUUGCUACCAGCAUGCAAAACACCAAAUUUGCUGUUGGCUCGACGAAGGUCUACUUUAGCUCGGGUCUGUUGCAGCGAUUAGAGGACCGCCGCAACGUGAUCCUGAAAGAUCAUGCGAUCCUCGUUCAGAAAGUAAUGCAUGGCUACGUGUAUCGCAAGCGCUUCUUGCGCCAGCGUAAUGCUGCAGUUGAGAUCCAGUCCAGGACGCGCGGUAGCUUCCAGGCGAGACGUUACCGUACUCUGCGCACUGGAAUGAUUAAGCUGCAGUCUCUCGAGCGUGGCCGCAAGCAGCGUUACCUAUUCGGAUUGCUCCUCAAUCGUGUUCGAAAGGAGCGCGAGCUUGAUCGGGAACGUCUCCGCAAGAUUGCCCAGCAAGAGGUGGCGGAGCGCAUUCUCCAGAAGGAGAUUGAAGAGCGCAUACUUCAAAAGGAGAUGGAAGAACGUGAUCACAACGAUCCCCAGCCGGAGCCAGUGGAAGAUGAUUGGAGUGAUGAAAGCGAUAAGGAGGAUGAGGAGGGUGUAGAGGAAAUAAUGGCGGGUCCUGUGUCUCCGCGUACGCUCCGUGCUCUCACGGAAGCGGCCUCUAAGGUUGCCGAGGCGGAAUCUGCAGCUCGCGACGCCAAAUCGGCCGCUGAGGCUGCCCUGGAGUUGAACCGUGAGCUGGUUGCACAGAACGAUCGCUUGCGUUCUACUUUGUCGUCUAAUGUAGCCGAGUACGCUGACGCCGAGCUACUGCGUGAGAAUGAGCGUCUGAAGCAGCAGGUCUUGCAGCUCCAGACGAAGCUAGUGCGUUCUCAGGAGGUGUCUCUUAUUUCUGCUAAGGUAGUAGACAGCCGAAUCACGUAUCGCGAAGGUCGACAGUUUGUCGAGUACAAGCUGCAAAUUGAGACCAACACGCGCGGUACGCUGUACGUGUGGCACCGGUACAGCACCUUCCGUAAUCUAGCAGCCACAUUGCAGACGAAGAACGGCUACAAACGCAAGGAGAUCCCGGAGCUGCCGAACAAGCAACUUUUUGGCAAUUUUUCAGAAAAGAUUAUCCAAGACCGUGUGGCAAAGCUGAACCAGUUUCUCGAAGCUGCCACCAACGCUGAGUACCUCCAGUGGGGCAUUCGUGUGGACCAAGAUACGUGCGUGUACAAGCGCCGUGUGAAGAGCGCUUCACGAGAGAGCAUUUCCACAGCUAGUAUGCAGUCGUCGUCACCGCGUUCAUCAUCCCGGUUGUCGAUGAAGUCAUUCAGCUUCCGUCGCGGCAGUACGGCUGGCAAUUGA